CGCGUCACUAGUAAUGACGAGGUCAGUCGUUCAAAUCGGCUAGCGGGAACAUUUUGAAUUUGCUUGCUAUUUGUUUGCCUCUCACUCCCGCUUGCUGGCUAUUCGUCUCUGUAGCCACCGCGCCGUCAUUGUUAAACGUUCGAUGGCAAUGCAUCGUCAUGUCUUAUGAGUCUCAUGUACCAAAAACCCGCUGAAUCUGCUGGAAUUUUGUACGGCGUUGUUCCUAUGAUCGGGAGUCCACCCCGUGGCAAUAUGCAUGCAGACGUCGUGCAUGUGACUGAGUACGCAUCUAGAACACGAGGUCGUCAUACAUGUACACGUGAUCCAGGGGAGGAAGCGUUGCUGGCUCACAGCGUAGCACAGGUUUUAGUCAGUAUACCACGUACAUACGUGCCGGUACUUUAUCCUGCUUCUUAGCUUUACCAACGUGGGCCAGCGAAUGACACAAGGACCCCAGCAGAUUUGACACGUAGAAUUGGCAACAUUGACAAGUAACACGCCCCCAGGGAAAGACCGAAGAGAAUGGACCCACAGAAGAUCCAGAUACUCGCGCGAUGAGAAGGAGGAGGUCCAGCACAAAUGACUGACACACUG